UCCCACAGAAUUCCAGGGUCUUGUGCUCAGUCUGCGCUCCCCCUCGCUCCGUGGGGAAAGAAGAAAAUAAACCUAUUGCUGCUAACCAGGCUAGUUAUGGAACCAAAUCCUAAAUACUCCUUGUGCCAUCUGUGACUGGCUAAGAGGUGCUUGCCCUGCACACGGCGUUUCUUCCCGGGAGAAAAGCACCUGAAGCGUUUGUAUUUUCGGACCGACUCUUCUGUAAAAGUCAAGUUGAAGACGCCAGUCAGGAGAGGAUUUCAUUAGCUAGCCUAUCUGCGUGCUAGCUAACUAGGCUAACCGUAGCCUAGCAAAGGAGCACUGGAUGAACUUCGCAUGGAGUGGCUGCUGCGAAUGGGAUAGUAGCCUGCUGUCUGCCUGCAAGCUUUCUUUUAAACUGGGUUCUUCACAUGGGAGUCUGUUGUUACUUCAUGGACACUAUCGACCUGGAGCUUGAAGGCGAUAACUGUUUGCAAAUGUUGUUUUUGUGACUUGCGCCAUCACAUUAUUGAUCGGGAAAUCCACUCGCGAGCUAACAGGAUAUUAGCCAUCUUCUCGCCACUCCGCUUUGUGGUUGCAGGCCAUGGACUGAAAAGCAUUCAUCACUGGCUGAGUGAUGAGAAGGCAGGCUUGAUGGCAGCUAAUUAUUUAUUGGGAGGCAGCAAUUGGAUACAGUUAAAGAGACAAAACAUGCGUUUGCUUUGAACGUUGUCCCCGAACAAUUAAACUAAUGUUUGAUCUUUUUUCUUUUUUACUUGAAAAUGCAUCGGAGUGCUGGAGCUUUUACGAAGUUGGGAUAAAGGAGACGCACAACGUAACAGCGGGAUUACAACUCCAUUGCUGAUAAAGGUCCUCCAGAUAAAUUACUCCAGAGAGUUUUAAAAGAGGUGAAAUAUAAUGUCUUCCGUUAAAGAAAACCCUUGUAGGAAAUUUCAGGCGAACUUUUUCAACAAAAGUAAAUGUCAGAACUGCUUCAAACCACGGGAGCUUCAUCUAUUGACUGACCAGGAUUUGACCCAGGCUAAACCUAUUUAUGGUGGAUGGCUAUGUUUGGCCCCUGAGGGAACUGACUUUGACAAUCCUAUGCAGAGGUCCCGGAAAUGGCAACGGAGAUUCUUUGUGCUGUACGAACAUGGCUGUCUGCGCUUUGCUCUGGAUGAAUCGCCAAGCACACUGCCUCAGGGCACAGUGAACAUGAACCUCUGUACAGACGUCAUUGACGCAGAACCCAAGACAGGCCAGAAGAACUCCUUAUGCAUUAUAACCCCUGACCAGGAGUACUUCAUCAGAGGAGAGAAUAAAGAGAUCAUCAAUGGUUGGAGUGAACAGCUGGUUGUAUACCCCCGAACCAAUAAACAAAACCAGAAGAAGAAACGCAAAGUGGAGCCCGCAACCUCGCUGGAGCCAGGUCCAGCCAAGGUGGCAGUGACUGGCUCUGGUAUCCCCGAAGCAGAGAAGGUACCAGACUCCAGCUCCAUCAUCUGGCAGGAGGAGCUGAACCAGAGGGAGGCUGAGGGGGCAGCAGUCUGGGCUGCUGACCUACCUCCAGGAUCACCGCUACCCCCUGCAGGUGACUGUGUGUCUGUAAGUCAGGGCUCUGAUGCGGGCUCAGUGAAUGGCGAUGAGGUGGACCGUGGCAGUCUGGCACUGCACGGCUCUGCCCCCCAGCCCCCCAGCGACCUGCUCUCCCCAACGGGCUCCUGCUCCAGCCUGGGAGGAGUCCCACGCUGCCUCUCCCCAGCCCCCAGUGACCCCUUCCCCUCUGGCAGCUCCCUGCUCUCCAACGGCUCCCAUAUCAGCGGCUCGGUCAGCUCUCUGGACUCGGAUGCUAGUGGCAGCACGGUGACCAGCACCGACAGCCACCCGGCCAACCAGAGAGGCGGUCACUCGUACAGCCACCAUGACACGCCACGAUCCCGGCGGCUGGAGGCCGAGGCCCGAAAAGCAGAGAAGAGGAGCCGGUUCAGAAGCCCUGACAGACAGGAGAGAGAGGCCGUCCUCAGCCCCGAGAGGAGUCGCUCCGGUGUUAUUGAGAAGUUGGAGGCCUUGGAGUUGGAGAAUCCCGAGAAAAUGGAGGUGGAAGAAUCAGGAAGAAGUGGAGCCAGACAGGGCCGAAGUGAGCACAGACGCUUCCAUAAAGAGGAGCAGAGGCGAGAUGUGGGUCAGGGCCUGGACUUUCCCUCCACACUGCCCCCUCUGAGGAGAGCCAAGUCCCUGGACCGAAGGACCACUGAGUCAGUCAUGACGCCGGAUUUGCUGAACUUCAAGAAAGGUUGGAUGGUGAAGCUGGAUGAGCAAGGCCAGUGGAAGAAGUACUGGUUUGUGCUGACGGAUCACAGCCUGAGAUAUUACAAGGAUUCAAUAGCAGAGGAGGCCUCUGACCUGGACGGUGAGAUUGACCUGUCCACCUGCUAUAAUGUAACUGAAUACCAGGCUCAACGCAACUACGGUUUUCAGAUUCAUACCCAGGAAGGAGUGCACACUUUGUCGGCCAUGACAGCAGGCAUACGCAGGAACUGGAUCCAGGCAGUCAUGAAGAACGUCAGACCCUCCACUGCUCCUGAUGUAGCAAGUUCAACUGAGGAUCACAGCUCCUUUUCUGCUUUGGAGGGUCUAGUUAGGCCAGACGUCACUCAGGACUCUCCCUCCUCUGAGGCCUCGUCUGUGGAGAGAGAAUCUACUCCAGGUGGCAUAAAGAGCCGAGCGCGUGAACGCAGGCGAGAAGGCCGCUCUAAGACCUUUGACUGGGCGGAGUUCAGGCCCAUUGCCCAGGCUCUGGCUCAGCAACGGGCACAGGAGGCCGAGAGCCUCCAGGCUGACAUGGGAGAGCUCGAACGCAACCGGAGAAGAGAGGAGAGGCGGAAGAGGUAUGAGUUUGUGACGGGCCCGGAGAACACAUCCGAAAAAGAAGGAGGGAGAACAGACUAUGAGAGUGAGGAAGGAGUUGGAAACACAGAUUCAUUAGGUCCAGCGUCUUUGGAGAGGCAGCAGAUGGUGGAGGAGGUGAUUGAAGAACACUGGCGACAAGUGGAGAAGACGCCCAUACGGGAGGAGAGGAGAGUACCUCUGCCCACCACAGUGCAAUCCACAGAGACUGCAGAGCUGGAGCAGCUCCUGGAGAAUUACAAGCAGGGGAUAGAGGACCUGAAGGCCCAGUUGGAGAGCUGUCACCAGCAGCUCCUCGACUCAAACAAGCAUAAGCAGGAGCUGGAGCUCCAACUGAGAACAGCUCUGGAGAGAGAGCAGGACAUCCGGUCUGGUUACAUCUCUCCGCUGGAGCACCCUUUGGGUCUGGAGGCUGAUGUGACGCCCCAGAUGAAGAGGCCCGAACUGGCCACCUGUGAGAGGGGCUUUGCCGCCAUGGAGGAGUCUCAUCAGAAGGUGAUAGAUGAGCUGCAGAGGAAACACCAGAGAGAGCUAGAGAACCUACAGGAGGAGAAGGACAGGCUGCUGGCAGAGGAGACAGCGGCCACCAUCGCUGCAAUCGAAGCAAUGAAAAACGCCCACCGGACAGAGCUGGAGAAAGAGCUAGAUAAGGCUCGCAAAGCCAACAACAAUGCAGAGAACGCAGAUAUGGAGGAGAUCCGCAGACAGCAUGAGGAGGAGCUGUGUUCCUUCCAGCGGGAGAUUGAGGUGUUGUCGGAGCAGUAUUCCCAGAAGUGCCUGGAAAACGCCCACCUGGCCCAGGCGCUUGAGGCUGAGAGGCAGGCCCUCCGGCAGUGUCAGAGGGAAAACCAGGAGCUAAACGCACACAACCAGGAGCUGAACAACCGUCUGGCAGCAGAGAUCACCAAGAUGCGCUCGAUGACGUCUGAGGACGGAGUGGGAGACACAAACACCACAAUACAGGGAAAAGAGCUCUAUGAGUUAGAAGUAAUGCUGAGGGUAAAGGAGUCAGAGGUCCAGUACCUAAAGCAGGAAAUCAACUCCCUCAAAGACGAACUCCAAGCCGCCCAAAGAGACAAGAAAUAUGCAACAGAUAAGUAUAAGGACAUCUACACGGAGCUGAGCAUCGUCAAAGCCAAAGCAGAGCGAGAUCUGGGCCGACUCAGAGAUCAGCUGCAGCUGGCUCACGAGGCGCUCGGGGAGCCGUCGCUGGAGGAAGUAGAACGGGGGGGAUAUGAUAUCAUGAAGUCCAAAAGCAACCCUGACAUCCUCAAGAUGGCAGCUGCUGCUGCCAAACGCUCAGAGCGCACCAUGAGGUCCAAGUCUGUGAGUCGUGACAUGCCCUGGGACAGUUAGGGCUGCUGAGGACGUGUAAGCCUCCUUCCCCUUCUCCUUUAGAGUCUGAAGGAAGGGCUGACGGCGGAGCAGAGACUCCACCUCUUUGAAAAUAAAGACACUAAGGAGUUCUGACAGUGACGCGUAAUGUCUACCUACCUUGCUGCAUGUUUAGAAGCCCACUAUAUUUUAGCUCUGUAAUUACUUAUUUAGUAACACUACACACUGGUCACCAAACACAGAUCAUAUGUUAUUAAAAAACAUGGUAUGAAGUUUGAAUUUCAUGUCUAGAGUUUGCAUUCCAUGCACUUCAGUUAACUGUGACAUUUUUUGUAUUGUUGAUUUUUUUUCUGCCAUGUCUUACUGUAAAUACUAUUUUUAAAUGAGCAUCUGUCAUACAUACACUAAAACUAUGACCGUGUAAGCUACUGUUUUAACUCUAGACUGUUGCUAGCCAAAGCAUAAAUGUGAUGUUCAGUGGCUAAACACACUACAUAUUGGUGAAUAAUACCUGCAUAACAAAACCAUAGGAACUAGUCUGGCGGUCAAUCUGCACGUUAACGCUCCUCCACUCCAUUGUCAUUCCAGCACUGAUGGAAGUGUUACUCGGUAAACAAGCUAUGGAACAAAAUGCUCGUCUGCAGUAGAAAACAAGUCCUUGCCCAUGUUGCUUCAUCGCUUCACUUCCAAAUUAACAUCAAAGAUGUUCUCUGCAGUCCUUGGAAAAAAAAUCUAAGACCGGUGGAAGGUGACAGCUGAAUGCAUAGGGCUGGAUUCACUGACUAUAAUUUAAAUAUAUAUAUAUAUAUAUGAAAAUUUAUAUAGAGUUUUUUUUCCUACUGCAAUCAUUGGUCCAGCUGUUUAGGAGUUGUUGGAGUUGGUUUAUGUUUGUAGUCUUGUUCAGUGGCAGUCCCUUUGUAUUUAUUUAAAUGGUUGGGAUUUUUCUUUCGCAUUCCCAUUCCUCUGUACUCUUAUUGUAAAUAUAAAGCAAAUAUACACCAACUGACUACAGGUUUAUUAGCAAUAAAUAUUUUUGCACCCUU